AUGCUUACAUUCGCCUCCUCUUCGGACCUUCUUAUUUCGAUGCCUUCAUCACACUAUGACUUCGUCAAACCCUUCUAUUCCAACAAGCUGUUCUCCGAUUUCCCCACGUCUUCUGAUCAUGCCGUCACGUCUUCUGAAUUCGCUGACGAUUCUGAAUUUUUUGAUUCCUCCGAAACCAGCCAUUACAUUCACGAGAUUAGCCAGGAAAUUGGCACCAAAUUGGCUGCAAUGUGCGAUGACUUCGAUGCCAAAAUGAUGUCAUACUCCAGAAGUGGAUCCACCUCCAGAAGUCUUCUCGGACGCUUUCUCGACUUCUUCGCCUUCUGA